GUAGAUAAAUUGGUUGUAGAAACUAAAAGUAAUAGUUUUGAUGCAGUACUUAAGUUUCUGUUUUGUUUGAUCAUGAAAUAUUUUGUGAUCAUAUUACAUAAAGAAAUAGUGACCGGCAUUCUACAGGAACCGUGAUUAAAUAUGGCCAAAAUCGGGCAUCAACUACAAUUGGAAUGUCAAAAUCUCAGAAGUGAAUUAAACAUCACAAAAUGUAAACUGGAAAGUAAGAAUGAAGCUGUUUUGAUUCUGAAUCGUGAGCUGGACCAGUAUCGUAGCGAGAGAGACCAGUUAAAGUUGAUGGCCGAUCAACUUCGAGAGAGAUACAACUCGUUAAAGAAACGUGUGGAAGGAUGGGGUCCAUCACUCAUGGGUGUGUACGACAUUCGAGGUUUUAGGGGGGAGGGUGAACAGAGCCUUGCCCAGCUGCUUUGCGAGCUGAAAGAAAAAAAUCGGGCACUUCAGACUGAGGUUGACGAUUUAAAGCAGAAACUCAGUGAUGCUCAAGGAGAUACCCGGCUGUUACGUCAUCAGCUUGCUCGCCAGAGGUCUGAUAGUUUAGAUGAAAGUUUUGACCAUCAGUUUACUCCUGUAGAAAAGGAAGAUUUAGUUAAACAAAUGGAAGACUUACAAUACAAAUGUUCGCAACUAGAAAGAGAUUUACAGGCUGUUCUAGAUGAAAAGGAAGAACUUGUUACCGUUAGAGAUGCAUAUCAUCACAAAGUGAAUAGACUGAACCAGCAGCUGAACUUAGCAAUUCAUGGCAAAGAGCAUCGAAUCGUUGAUAUUGAUGCUGUGUUAAUGGAAAACAGAUACUUGCAGGAGCGUGUCAAGCAACUACAGGAAGAAAAGUUGAUGUUAUUGUCUUCACUUUCAAAAUAUAAAAAUACACUGGAUAAGAAGAGGUCUCGUACUGGUUUGAAGUUUGGAAGUGGGAAUGGAGGGGUGUUAAUUAGCAGCAAACAAGUACAACAACUUCUGCAAAGUAACCCUUUCUUGGAUCUACCUAACAAUCCCUCUACCCUUGCUGACCUCCGCACCCUUGUGAUGGCAUUGUUUGAAUCUCUUAAUGACAAAACACUGGCACUGUCUCACCAGAGGAAAGCCAACAAAUUACUGGGAAAUAGAAUAACAGAACUGGAAAAACAAAUGCAAGCUGUGGGAACUGAUUCUGUUCAGAUUUAUGUGGACAAUGAGAAAGAAACAGAAAACUUUAUGAGAGUUUACAAUGGAGAUGGGGAUGGUGACAUUGUUGACAAAAUGGGAGAUGAAAGUUUAGAGGCGACUUGUGUGGAACAAGAAUCAUCUACUCAUACUGAAUCAUGCUGCAAGUCCAUAUCAGAUUCUGAUCUUCCAAUUUCAAACUUAGAGGGUCAGAACAACACUGUCCAUCAUGAUAUCGAUGUUCUCCCAACCAUGGAAAGUGAACAGUCAGUAGGAGAGUGCUCUAAAAGUAACAGUGUCAUUAGUGGUUGUAGCAGCAAGAGAUGCUCGUACCCGACGACUCCUCUCUCUACACCUGUACACGUAUGUAGUGAAAGCCAAGUGCCUGUCGGACCCCUCACCCAACCUAGGACGCGUGAAAGACAGUCUGAGUCUUACGAAGAUGAGGAAAAGGAUGAUCUCCCUCCACAGUUACAGAAGCUUUUAGUAGCUGCGCUGGCAGAAUUAGAAGACCGCUCUACAACAGCAUCACCAUCCAGUGAUCCAAGUUGUUGAUCUGUAAAACUUAUGGUUCUAGUACCAAGUUUUGGUGAUUGAUCACCAGUGAUGAAAAACUAAGUUUAAUUUCCUGUUGAGGAAAAGUUAAAGACUAGCUAACAUAAGAAGAUCAAGGCUGUAGUGAAAAUAUACGUUUUAUUUCGGACAUUUUGGAUUAUACAUAAUCCAUCUCCAGGGAUUUUUCUGUGAAAGUAAUUAAGGGUAAGUUUAACGUAACAGUUAAAAUUGAAAAAUGUAAUAAAAUGUAUUAUAAAAAGUAGAGAAAAAGUCUAACAAAAACAACCAAGAAGCAAAGGAAUACGUAGGGAUGAGCAAAGAGAACUGAACAGUUAAAACAGUUUUAGUUGAUAGGAGCUAGCUGUAUUGUUAAGAGUAGGCCUAUAUAUGUUAAUUAGCAGUGUUUCUUUAAUUAAUAAUUUUGUGUCAGGUUUGAUGAAUUUUAAAAUUAUCCAAGGUGAUAUGGAGAUCGGUGUUCUCAGUUGUAAAUGUGGGUGGCACGUAUUUGACGGUGAAGAUCUGUUUUUUUGUGGAGACAUCUUAGAGUUUGCAAUCACACACACGGCAAGAUUUAUUCAGUCUUGCCAAUUUCUUGCCAGUUUUCAGGUUUUUAAUACUCAGCAUAAGUUUUCUCAGUUUCACAUUCUGAUGCUGGCUUUUCAGGCAUAGCCUGGUGGUUAGGGUAACUGACUCUCGAACUAUGGGUCACGAGUUCGAAUCCAAUCUUCAAAGAUGCUUGCCCUUUCAGCCAUGGGAGAGUUAU